GUCGUCGGGGUUCCGGGGCUGCGCACUUGCGAAGUGAAAGCCGACUCCUCGUACGAAAUUGCCCAACCAUGCACGAUUUGUUGUUAAAUACAUUUCCUCCAUGAAAUUGCUGUGUAUCUCAUACAAAUACAUAUCUUCGAGCUUAUGGCUAUAGGCUAAGUUAAUGCGGGCAUCAGAUGUUGAUCGUAUAAAAAAAACAUCAUAGGCCUAUUACUUUUAAUUUUUUGUGCCACGUUGAAGAAAGAAAGAGAUGAAAGACGAACAGUGCAAGAAGCAAUUUACAUUGAAUGAAAAAAUCUUUACAUUGAACAUUUUAUUGAACAAUUUCUUCGAGCGUUUACAUAGAUAAAAUACAAGCCUUUAGGAUACAAUUUUCAAAAUAAAAAAUCGACCUUUUCGCUCUCGAGAGUCCGCGUCGAUUUUCGCUAGAGACAGGAAGAGGGGUCGAAUUCGAAAUCGAAGUUCUAGAGUUCGACCUUCGGAAUCAAAUAUGGCAGCCUCAGUGGCACAACAGCGCGAUGAUUUAUGUAGUGAGAUAAGCAGAAUUGGCACUGAUUGGCACCGAAUAUCACGUAAAAAAUCUGAAGUAACGUAGAACAACGAGAUGGCGAGCUGCGUUAACUCCACGUUAAACAAUCUCUUGACGUCCUACAAGAACUGGAUCGUGGCGAAUCCACAGUUGUUGACCGACAUCGAGGCUACUGUCAGAUGUUUGUCUUACUUCAGCUUUGGAAAUUUGCGUAAUUCGAAUCUAGCCUCGGAGUUAAUUUAUUCUAUGCCAAAUCUGAUCGUGCUCUGCAACGAUUUACUUUUGUACAACAGUCGACGCCAGCACUUGAAGAUACCUCAGUUCGACUCGAAGAUCAAGAUCUGGCUGACUGUGGUGGAGUACACCGAGACGCUGCUCGAGGUGUCCGCCAAGAAACUAUGGGGGCCAAAGGGGAAAUGGUUGAUAAUUGUAGUUAUACAACUGUUCAAGUCCAUAUUGCGACUGAUAUUAGUUCAUGUAUAUAAGGAACGUUUGACGAAGAGCCCGGCGACACCACCGCUUAACAGAGAGAAAUUCAGUAAAGCUGUUAACAAUGUACAAUUGAAGGAGGGCUUUAUGCUGAAGAGAACGGGCACUGUUGUCAGAAGUGUAAAAUAUUCGGCACCCAUAGAAGUACGAACAUGGAAAGCUCUACCUUCUGUCACAGAUGAGAAUGAGAAUCUGACAAAGAACCAGGAAUCUGAGAGAAAUCUCAAACUAGCCGAGAGUCUUUAUGUGACAAAGCCGUUACUCCAUCUCGGAUGUAUGUACGUUACUAGCCAGAAACGUUGGCCGCCGUGGAUGUUAUCACUUAUUAUCGAUAUAGCCAGUUUAAAUGUUUUCUCUCGUUACGCCAAAAAAGCGUUAUUCAGCAAAGACGAGGAGGAAGAGCUCGUGCGUCGAAGAUUGAGCUUGCUGUUGUACAUCUUAAGAUCGCCGUUCUACGACAAAUACAGCCGCACUAAAAUAAACGCGCUGCUCGACACGAUAUCUUCCUCCGUACCGUUUGCUAAAUACUUGGCAAGCGCUGUCGAAAAGAAUUUACCGUAUAUGCAGAGUAUAUACUUUUACAUGUGGUCGCGUUAGCUUGCGAACGUAAGUUCACUGCGAGAAACGCAUAAUCUAAAUCUCUACACAAAUAUGAGCGAAAAAUGUACAUAAUUUAAGCAUUCCGUAAUCUGAAUAAUUGGAAGAUCAGGGGAUUACGUUAUUUUUAUAUUGUUCUCUAUUAUAUUGUUCCAGGAUAAACUUUAAAUAAUGGUAUUUAUGAUUGUUUGGUAUAUUUUAUUAUAUUUCACUAACUUAUAGCAAUAAAUUAUGAAAGAUAUAAGAAA